AGUUUCAGAAGAUGAUGGGACUUCAUUCCUGGAUGCAAUGGUUUGGCUGGAUGAUUUACUCCCUCUGUGUUUAUGGGAUCUCCAUCAUCAUCAUCACAAUCAUGUUCAAGUACUCUUGGGCUGAACGCUCCUCUCCAGUAUACGAAAUCGAUGGCUGGCUCAUUAUAUUGUACCUUUUCUUCCUCUUCAUAGUCACAAUGAUUCUCUUCUGCUUUGCAAUCAGCACUUUCUUUACCAGUCCAAACAUGGCAAUGAUAACUGGGAUCCUGCUGUGGGUCAUUCCUCCAUUCACAUUUAUGGAUUCACUUGUAUCCAAUUCUCCAGCCAGCAAAAUGUCUCAAUUUUUUACUUGUCUCUCUCCUCCGGUUUGUCUCUCCUGGGCUUUCACAAUUUUCAUCAAUGCUCAGAAUAAAGGUAAAAUAUGGUCAUGGAGUAUGUUUUUUGAGAAAGGUACAACUGGAGGUUUAUCAAUGUUCCACAUAGUGAUUAUGUUCUACGUUGAUUGGGUACUGUUUGCACUAAUCACCUGGUAUAUGGAUUCUGUAAAACCUGGACCAUUUGGAAGAGCAAAACCAUUCUACUUCAUAUUUCAGUUAUGGAAGAGGGAUGCAGAGGUGGUAGGCUCAUCCGAAGCUAACGACCAGGAGAAUUAUGAACCACCUCCCUUAGAUACAAAAUUAGGUAUCAGUAUCCAAAACCUUCGGAAGGUGUUUGGGUCCAAGAUUGCUGUGGAUAGAGUAAACCUAGAUAUCUAUGAAGGUGAGAUCAUGGCUCUUCUUGGCCACAACGGAGCAGGAAAAACAACAACAAUGUCUAUUCUAACAGGUCUGUACUCCCCCACUAAAGGCUCUGUUAUUGUGGACGGCAAGAGUAUUUUUAAUGAUAUGGACAAGUUUCGCCUUAAUCUCGGCCUUUGCCCUCAACACAACUUACUCUUCUCCUACCUCACAGUCAUUGAGCACCUCAUAUUUUUUGGAAUGUUGAAGGGGUUGCCGAAAGACAGAGCAGAAGCUGCAGGACUCAAGCUGCUUGUCUCAUUCCACAUGGCCAAUAAAAGUGGGGA